UGGAAGCUCGCCAAUACGAUUAGGCACCGACACUCCAUUGUGAAACACGUACCGGUAAGUUAUCAUACGUUUCGUGAAUUCCCCGAGGUGAGACAGCAGAUCCCGAACCUAGUGUUACCGUUUUUGUGCCGCUGGUGAAUCCGCUUUGGUCACUUUCCGUCACUUGCGUCACUUUGCGCUUCUCUUUAGGGCUUCCCCCAAAGACAACAUUUCACCACCAUUCCGUGAAAGGAAAAAGAAAAAAAAAGACCUUGAUCCCGACCUUCCAUUUCUCAUACUUCUUUUCUUCCCUCAUCUCCUCAGUUAGAACCUAACUAACAACCUACAGACCACUUUUAUUGUCUAUGGUGCUGCACUAGUACAAACCCCCGAAAUCCACCAUCUCUAUUAGGCGAGUUCUGCAAUCUCCGGAUUCGGAGACGAAAGCUCCCAACUGGACGUGUUGAAUCCCGUUAACCGGUAUGCGCAAUUCUGUUAACCUGCCAAACUAAACCUAUCGUGGGCUGACAAGCCGAUUUCUGCUGAUAAUCUGAUAACGGAUUUCAGGAGUUUCACGGCACUCACACAUACUGUACCAGACACUUUCUUUGAAUCCUCCCCCCACCCUGAGCUAUAUCUUGCCUCAAGUAUCACAACCAUUCUUGAACACCUACACCAGCAUUGAGGUGCUGGCUUCCCCUUCCGUGAGAUACUCCGUCCGGAUUGCUUCUGUACGCACGCAAAGAGCCGGAGCGGGAGAACAAACUCUGACUCACAACCAAAACCUUUUCCCAAAACAGCCACCCCAGCGAAUUGCUGAAACCCCUGCAAAUAGCCUCUCGGAAACAUAUCUGGCAUGUCCAAGCGUAAUGCAGAUAGCCGUGGCAGUGGCAAUGAAGACCCUGCCGGGGGAUCUAAUUGUCAUAAACCCUCUGCCCCUCCAUCUAUUGCUAGUGGAAACCGGAGCGAGGGGGUGUUGACCGACCCAGAACGGCCUUCACUUAGCUCAGUCGCUCACCUCCAGUCCGGGCAUUCGAUUCGGCCUCCCGCGGGCAACUAUCGUCGUCCUUCCCCCACCUUUGGUACUCCUCCAGUGGAAGCCCCUUCCUCGCCAUUUCCCAGCGACCUAGAGUUCCUGCCACCGUCCGAGAGAGAAAGAAUGGGUGUCGAGGAGCAAGGUUUGUUGAAGGAUUGUGGGUUGAUGCCGUCAGACUAUGGAACCCUUGCCACGUCGGCUUCAUCGCCGCCGCCGACAACACAGGACGAUGCCAACCCGGAGGUGGCAUUUACUGCAGAGACUACAGGCCUUCUCGGAGGUCACACUGACGAUGUAAUAAAGUGGCACGAAUCAGUCGUUGCUGGCGCUGUUCGCACUUCGUACACCAGAGAGGCAAGAACGCUGGCGAAAUACGCUGCACCAUUAUGGCUCACCUUCUUGCUGCAAUACAGCUUAACAGUUGCAACUCUCUUUUCAGCAGGAACACUGGGGAAAAAUGAGCUUGCUGCAGUUACCCUGGCUAGCAUGACUGCAAACAUUACUGGUUACGCUGUAUAUCAAGGUAGGUUUCAAAAAAAUUCUGAUCUAUGACCUCUUUUUCCCCCUCUGCGAUGUUUACAAUUGUUUUUGGGCUCACCCCCUUUUUUAUAUGCAGGGCUCAGUACGUCGUUAGAUACACUGUGUGCACAAGCAUAUGGUUCGGGAAGCAAGACUCUUGUGGGUCUUCACUUGCAACGAAUGAUAUUGUUCCUUGGAUUGGUCUCCUUUCCGAUCAUCACUGCUUGGUGCUUUGCCGAGCCGAUUCUUAAUGCUAUAGUCCCUGAGCCAGAAUUGGCCAUAUUAUCGGGUAGAUACCUCCGUAUCUUGACUAUUGGAGCGUAAGUUUCCGCUAUCUUGUUCACCACCCCACCAUAUGCGAGGCUCUGGCUAAGUUUUUUGGAACUUCACAGACCUGGAUUUGCGCUAUUCGAAGCGGGGAAGAGGUUCACUCAAGCCCAAGGCAAGUCCACCUAACCUUUUUUUAGGCACCCGUUUCCUCUCUGCUCUUAAUCAUGACUCAUAUCGUUUCCAGGUAUAUUUGCCGCAUCGACCUUCGUGCUCCUUAUCUGUGCACCCGUCAACGCUGUUCUGAAUUAUCUGCUAGUCUGGGUGUGUUGAUAUGAGAUCGAUUUUUAUGGUGAGGGGUCUCUGACUAAUCUUGUAACUUCAGAAUCCGACAAUUGGGCUUGGGUUUGACGGGGCACCAGUCGCUGUCAUUAUUGUCGAUUGGCUUAUGCCAGUCCUGCUAUUCUGUUAUGUCUACUUUAUCGAUGGCUAUGAAUGCUGGGGUGGGCUUACCACGAGAAGUCUUCAGAACUGGUGGCCUAUGGUGCCUUUUCCCUCCCAUUUCUUUCCCACCUAUCUCGGCUGGGGGAGCUCGAAGUGGUGUGCGACUAACCUUCUAUGUAGAUCAAACUCAGUAUUCCCGGCCUAGUGAUGUUAGAAGCAGAGUAUCUAGCAUUCGAGCUUCUAACGCUGAUGUCCGCCCGCUUUGGAACCUCGUACCUCGCCGCCCAAUCAAUUCUCGCGACUGUAGCGGCGAUUUCCUACCAGCUGGCGUUCGCUCUCUCUAUCGCCAGUUCUACCCGGGUAGCAAACUUCCUGGGUGCGGCUAUGGGUGAAUCAGCGAAAGUUUCCGCGCGGACAGGCUUCAUGGCCGCAAUUGUUGUCGGUAUCUUCAAUCUCUGCAUAAUGCUCGGCGUACGCGAGCAGUUUGCCACGUUGUUUACUGCCGACGCGGAUAUUAUCUCGCUUGUUGUGCAUGUCAUGCCCUUAACUGCAGCUUUCCAGCUGUUUGACGCACUGGCGUGUCUUGGGUCUGGACUUCUCAGAGGACAAGGUUUGCUGCCGUAUACUUUGUCUAUCACUCGGCUCGAAACACUAACGAUGCUAGGACGGCAACAUAUCGGAAGUUACAUCAACAUCGUCGGGUACUAUGGUAUCGCGAUGCCCAUAUCCGUGACUUGCGCUUUCGCCCUUGGCUGGAAGCUUAUAGGAUUGUGGUGCGGUGUAGCGGUUGCCUUGGCAUUCGUCUCAAGUUUGCAGUCUUUCAUAAUCCUUAGGACCAACUGGGAUAAGGUAUGGAACCUUCCCGCUCAUGCUCCAUCUUCUGACAGCGCGCACUAACUUGAACAAAUAGUGUGUUGAAGAUGCCCAAGCGAGAAUCAACGCUGGCUAGACUAGGAUUUCAUGAACAUAGCGCAUGAGCAAUAGAUUCCCUUCAUCCGUUAAUUUGGGGCACUAACUUUAUACUUUUCGUUCGUAAUGGCUAUUGAGAUUCGGGGGAAUAGAGGGAGGCAGGCUGGGGACCUCACAUGACGAAGCGUGGCGUAGAUGAGGCUUGCAGGGUAGAAUCAGGGUCUUUUCUUAAUGCAAAAUAUCAUGAGCAUUUCUCUAUUCUUUUUCCCUUUUUUUCUUCUUUCUCUUUUCUCUCCUUUGCGCUUUUGCGCUUGGUCUCGUUAUCGGGCACGGGUUUUGUUAAUCAGGAUGGCGACGAUGGAAGGAUGUUGUGGCAUGGCAUUGACGUUUUUCGCUUUCAUUAAAAAAACAGAUACCCAGUUUAGGAAUGGGUAGUGUAUAGACAUACCGACCGGUACGGUUGCAAUUGAUGCCACGAUGAACGGGA